AUGGUUGAAUCUUGGAAGUCAAUUGUUGAAAAAAAAAGGGCAGCACUUGCAAGUGCUAUUCCCAAAGAAUGGGUAAAGCCCGAACUAAAAGAGGACAUGAUAUCCAAAGGUUUUGUCAAGACUAGAGACUACCUUGACACGAUUUUGCCAAAGGAGGAGAUCGAGAUUACCAGCAAGACAAUCCCCGAGCUUUCCAAGUUGAUCUCUACAAAUGAACUUUCUGCGGUGCAAGUGACUAAGGCGUUUACCCAUAGGGCAAUGCUGGCACACCAGAUUCUAGGAUGCUGUUCGGAAAUUUUUGUGGAUCAAGCAUUGAAAAGGGCCGCUGAGUUGGAUGAGACUUUCAAGGAGACAGGGAAAACAGUCGGGGCUUUGCAUGGUAUUCCCAUUUCUUUGAAAGAUCAAGUUGAUCUCGCUCAAAUUCCGUCAUCAAUUGGGUAUGUCUCCCUGGCAAACCAAAAGAAAACGCAAAAUGCGUUGUUAGCCGACAAGCUGCUGGAACAAGGUGCCGUUUUCUUUGCCAAGACAUGUGUUCCAAUGGCGAUGAUGGCCCCAGAAACCGCCUCAAACUUGUAUCCCUAUAACUACAGUGCGGCAAACAUCAACCUCUCCUCAGGCGGUUCGUCCGGAGGUGAAGGUUCAUUGAUUGCUGCUGGAGGUGCAAGAGCAGGAUUUGGUACCGAUAUCGGGGGAAGUAUCCGAAUCCCGGCUACUUACAACGGAUUGUUUGCAAUCAAGCCUAGUGUGGGCAGAGUCAGUUAUCUUAGAGUGUCUAACUCGUAUGAGGCGCAGGAGAGCAUUCCGUCGGUGAUUGGGCCACUGGCUCAGACCUUGGAAGAAGUAGAGUUUAUGAUGGAGACUGUUGUUGGGGCUAAGUGCUGGCUUGACGACCCAAAAGUGCUGCCUCUUGAGUGGCGCAAAUACGUCAUCCCCGAUAAGGUGAAGAUCGGAGUGUGGUUUGACAGCGGAGACGUCGAGCCAAUGCCUGCAAUAACGAGGGUUUUAGGCGAGUUAUUUGAGGACCUCUCACAGGCCCCAGGCGUGGAGGUCGUCAAGGUGCAAUGGCCAGACCAUUCACGGUUGAUCAAAGCUUUGUUCAACGUCUUUGGGGCUGAUGGCGGCAAGGAAAUCCUAGACGAGUGCAAGAAGUCGGGCGAGCCGGUGCACGACCUGCUUGACUACUUGGUUGGCUCGAAGAGCCCCCAGCCUGCGUUGGACAUCAACGGGUGGUGGAACCUCUGCCAGGAGGUUUACAGAAUCAAGCAGAUCUAUCUCCAUUUCUGGAAAGACAACGGGCUCGACGCAAUCGUGGCACCCGUGAUGGCCAGCACCUCCGUCCUCCCCUACAGCAGCGUGUGUCUCGACUACACCGGUGUGUGCAACCUUUGCGACUGCUCCGCGGUCGUGCUUCCGCUGGGCACUGUCGAUCAAAAGCUUGACGUUCUCCACCCGAGAGAGAGUCGUUCCGAGCUCGAGGCUAAGAUCCGGGGCCAGUACGACCCGAAGACCUUUGACGGCAUGCCCGUGUGUCUCCAGCUCAUCACAAGAAAGACUGAGGAGGAGAAGGGUCUCGCUCUCUCCCAGCUAGUCAAGACAUCCAGCAGGUUCUACACCUACAACGACGGCCUCCAGCGAAAGCACAUUGUCCAUGUUCCACGAGAGGUGAAUCCCUUGUACAGAAUGACCGAUCCAAGCAUACGUCUACGAAAUGCAAUUAAGGAGGACAACUACUUCAUCGCCUCGAGACUCUUGAAGCGCUUUCCAGGACUCCUCGACAACAUCGACCCGUCAAAUGGCUGGUCCAACCUCCACUACUCCGCCUACCACAAUAACUACCAGAUCUCAGAACUGCUUCUGAAGGGCAUCCACAACCGGUUUGUGUCGACAAGCAUAAGAUUCGCCGAGCAGGACAGUCCGGCGAAGCCCAAGAGCAGCGCCAUGUACAGCCAGAUCACAGAUGAAGACGAGAUCAAGCUCACGUUCGAGAAACAGACCGUGCUGCACGUGGCCUGCCUCGGCGACGCAGCGGCGACCUUGAACUUGCUCCUGUCAUACUUCAACGUCUGCUUGGACCAGCGAGAUAUGAAAGGCGACACGCCCUCCCACAUCUGCUGCACCCAGGGCUUUUCCGACUGUCUCUCGAUUUUGCUCGAGAAGGGCGCCUACCCGAACAUACAGGACAACAACGGUGACACCUUGCUCCACAAAGCUUUUCAGUACUCGAACAUCAAGUGCCUCGAGUUGCUGAUCAAGUACAACGCAGACGACCAAUUGCUCAACAACGUUGGCUGGAAACCUGUGGACGUGGCAUUCAACACAGACAUCAUACAAGAGUACAAGACACUCAAGUCCGGCUCAGUGAACCGAGUACCCACAGACACAGUCUUGGUUGCAAAGACGCCGCAAACUAAGUACGCUCCCGUCAAAGUCACACAGAAUAACGUCAGCAGCAUAUCAUUCAUUCCCUCUAACCACAACUCAUCAACGGCAAACUAUCCACCAAGAAUAAGCUUACCUUCAAUCCAACCAAGGAAGUAUUCUUUAUCGUCAAUGCUUUCGGAUGAGUAUGUGGACAGAUUCGACCCGCAUGAUGAUACUCGUUCUUCAUCUUCGUCAAAAAACUCAAGGACAUCCUCUCCAACAGGCACUUCCAGUCCUCAUCUGUUCAUGCCACGCAAGACGCCGCAAGCUGGGACUAAUGAGUCAAAUCACCAAGUAACCAACAAAAGAUACCCACAACCCCCCGCCAUCUCUUCAUCAAUAUCUAGUAACGGACAAGGCUCCACAGUUUCAUCGCCACGGCGCUCCAAUGCAAGCAAUAACUCUAUGCAAGAGUCUCCCACUUCUAAAAGGUCGUCUCUUUCUACAAGAACCUUCCGUUCGAACUCUCAGUUAUCUGAAGUUUCUCCUUUAAAAGGAGAACAUCCACAAUUGGUACAACAGUCAACAGGAUCUUCUGCCAUAAAAUCUGGAUCCUCCACACCUAGACACAGCUUCCAAGGUGGAUAUCGCUCGAACUCGUCGUAUCCUGUACCAUUACAGGUUGAAGAGGCUUCGUCGAAAUUGCACGAUUUGAAAUUGAAAAAUGUUGAUCGUCUGAAGCUAGAUACGAAAUUAGGUAAUAUAAUAAACAACACUUCACAGGAAAAUCUAGUGACAUCCCCUGCAACCUCGCAGCACCACGGUGGCUCUUCAGCAACGGACAGCAACGAUAAUAAAAGUACAUCUCUCGAUCUCAGCAAAAGAAGCAAGAUUUUAAGUAUACCGAUUUUGAGUUCGAGGGGACGACAUAAUACUUAG